GCCAAGCCCGCGCAACCUCUUAAACGUGAUCAGUUCAUCCAUCGAUGACUCGAGCGAUUCGCAGAAGACAUCGAUGGUCAAACACUGAAAGUCUUGACGUCCUCGGCGCGCAGCGACCAGGUUUCUGACCUGUAUAAUAGAAUGGAGCGUACCGCAGCACUGUAAACUGGACCAUUGACUCAUAAACCGAUGUCACGUCUACGCCACAGGUGAUACAAGCCCACGACAGCUAUUCUGGACCUCCCAAUCCGGAUGGAAAUACCAUCUUUCGCUAGACCACAGGAACUGAUACAGCUGGCCAAAUGUCGUUGUAUCCCACGUUUGAGGAAUUAAAAGUAGAUCAACUUUUGAACGAGCAGAAUGCGGCUGUUCGUGACGCCUAUGCAUCAAUGGCGUCCUACAUGGGCCUUGAUUUAAAUAACUUCCACUACGAUGCUCAUGGCGAACUUGUCCCUGGUCCUCCUCCGAAUUCGACCCAUCCUGAAGCCCCUUCGCCUUACCCUGCCAUCCAAACCCCAUCCAUCAUGCCUCAACCAGCAACUGGCCCCCAAACGGUCGCCGGUGCUCAGCCAGUCGCGGUUCCUUUUGGCUCGGGAUCUCGCGCACUUGUGACCCCUACCGGACCUACUAGUGAAAUAAAACAGGGUCUCCGUCGCGUAGUCCUCUGCAAGAACUCAGAAGGAAAAGUGGGCGUUCAACUCGUUUCGGUGGACAAUGGAGUCUUCGUUUCAAUGGUUAGAAAAGAUUCACCCGCGGCUCUGGGCGGUCUACGAUUUGGUGACCAGAUUAUCUCCGUCUGUGGUAAAUUGAUGGCCGGGAAAUCAGGUGAAAGCGCCAUGAAAACUCUUCGCAAAGCACCCGUAAACAAUAUCGAAUUAAUUGUGCGUGAUCGCCCAUUUGAGCGCACCAUCAUGGUGAACAAGAGUAGCUCGGGUAACAUCGGCAUAACACUCAAUGAUGGUGAAAUCAUAGCGGUCGUCGCAGACUCGAGUGCUGCUCGCAAUGGUGUGCUAACCAAACACCAAGUUGUUGAAGUUAACGGACGAAAUGUGAUGGGUAUGAAGGAUAAGGAGUUGAAGGAACUACUUCAUUGCAACCGGGAUCCUGUACAACUAACAGUUUUGCCGACCGUGAUUUACAAGCACCUUGUAAAACGCCUGCUGAAUAAUCAAAUCCGCAGAGAAAUGGACCGUUCUGACCCAUCCGCCUGAUUGGCUUGUGACUUCAGCUAUUUGUAUGUAAGCUUUACCAGAGCGAACUCCGUUUGUCACCUCAUUUUACUUCAACACAACUUCACUAAGUUUACGAGUGUUCUUCAGUCAACUUACUUUAUUGCUACAUCCGCCAUUCAGAUACCGAUUUAUCUGUGGUACAUCACCGAGGAGCGUACACGCAUUUUUUUUCAUCACGUUACAAUUGGACGGUUAUAAUUUUGUUCCUAUCCUCUAAACGUUUUUAUGCUUUCGCUUUUGAACUGAAAAUCCAUUGUUUGUUAUCCGGAAUUUCACUUUAUUUCGACUCGUUUCUGC